AUGUCGAGCAUCAAGAAAGCCGCGCCCGUGAAUCCAUACCCUCGAAGCGCCAAGUCCCCCAACUCGUCAGCAAAUGGUGCGCCUAUGACCCCAGAGGUCGAUGACACUAGUACAGAAGGCAAGACACCUGCGCAACGUCAGCAAGAUCAAUCGGAGGUUCCGGAAACACAUUGGUUGAAACGGCCCCCAUCGGAAGGGAGCAGGAGACUGUCGUUCACCGAGGAGAAGGUUAAUCGAGUGCAGGAACGCGAGAAGCACGACGAGCAGGAGGAGAGGCAGCGCAAGGAACACAGAAAACGCUUGCAUGAUGAGGACCCAUUGCGCGAUAACUACGGCUAUCUCCCGCUGAACAUGUCCCAGGUCGAGCUCCGUACGUCCAUUUCCUUGCAGUCUAUUUGCAAGCCGGUACCUUCAUACAUGCGGGCGGCCUUCUCCGCAUUAGCUCCUGCCACUGGGGCGGGCAUCCCUCGAGGUGCCACUGUCAUGUUCUGCGGCACGGUCACAGACUUCAAUGUGACCACAGAAGCGGGCCAAAGCCUCGACAACGAUAUGCACAUUGAUGGCAACACGCCCGGGCUGUUGAUGUUUGGGCGACUUCCGUGUGGUCGUUUCGCUACUGGCGAUUUCGGCGACUCUAUCCCUGUGAUGCUGUCGGAGCAGACGAAGGUUGUCGCGUACGAGCGUAAUUUGUGCCUCCGAUGGAUCGUCGCAGACGAUAGAUGGUUCGAAGUCAAGCUGACCAGUAUCCCGGAUUUCUGGAGGCUGAACAGAUGCUUCGAAUACAACAACGUGACCACGACUCAUCAAGCCGCGUUGCUGGAAGGGGAGUUGGUCGCUUUGCACGACUUUUUACGGCAGAGCAUGGACCAGCAGUUGAUACACCCUGCUUGUCCCCGUGGCGUCCAUGGUUCGGCGAUCAUAGCGUGCUACGUCAUUUUGGGUAUUUGCGCGGUGAUAUUGUGGUCCUACUUCACUCAAUAUCUUUGGCACUAG